GAACUUUAAGUUUAACAGAAAAUGGAAAUAGAAAAUUGAAAUAGAAAUUAAAAUGAAUUUUUUUAGUUGAACGAAUCGAAGUAAAAAUCUUCCAUCGUGUUUAUGUAGAUAAACAAGUGUACAUUCAAGCAAUUCAGUAUUUAGUAAAUAUUACUGGUUUGUCAUAUUUUGAUAGCCAUAAUUUAAUUAAGCAUUUAAACGCAUGAACUUUAAAUCUGAUUCUUCAAUGCCGAACUUAUUUAAUUAUCCAUUCACCAGUUUUAACUUAAGUAAUAUUUGUUUAGUACAAUAGAUUGUCUUGACCUUACCAGUUUUUUCAAAACAUCUGACCCAGGAUGCAGGAUGUGUCAUUGUUUAGAUUUUUUUUACGAUUAAAAAUUAGCUGUGAAUAUGUUCCGAAAACCAUUACCUACACAAGUAUUUAUAAUUAUGGCAAUCUUACCAAAAUCGUAUCAGUACGAUUGUCUCAAUCUUACCAAAAAUUUAAUCCGUAAAAUUUCAGUCCGUUUUUAAAAAUGCAUAACAAAUUAAUUACCAUAUUAAUUAAUUUAAUCGUAAUGCCCACCUUGUCCCGGGCGGAAAUUGGACAGUUAAAAUUGUCCGAUUUAACGGGCGAUCCCACCACCGUGCAUUCCUUAGGACCGGACGUCGACAGGGCGAAGAAAUAAUAUAUUUGUCCGGGGCCGCCUACUGUUUCAACCUUCCCGCCUGGUCGUGUCGCUAUUGCGAAAAGGCGCGCCGUUUAGGCUACCAGUUUCACAGCGUGGUUUCUAACGAGGAUCAAAACACGUUGUGCUUCAUCUCGGUGAAUGAUAAACUUAAAGAAAUCGUGCUCACAUUUCGAGGAACGUUGAAUUUGGGGAACGUUUUGGCCGACUUGCACGUUUCGAUUUGGAACAUCGGCAUGGGGUCGACCGUGAUGAAGAGGAAUAAGACAAAAGGGGAGGCACCCGUGGGGGAAGAGAUGCGGAUUCAUACGGGUUUUAUUAUAGCGACGAACUCACUUUAUUCAGAAGUUGUGGAAAAACUGGGAAGCUUGUUGAAGGAAAAGAGGGAUCAUGAGGUGGUGGCUAUCGGUCACAGUCUCGGCGCUGCGAUCGCAUCGGUGACCUUAUUCAUGAUAAAAGAAGAGAUCAACCUUCCUCCCAAUUUCCCCACCCCGAAAUCUUACGCCUACUUCGGUUAUGGGACACCCCGCGUGGGCAAUAAGGCCUACGCAGACUACUGGAACGGUCAGAAAGACAUGCACAUCACCCGGGUAGUUAAUCAAGCCGAUUUUGCGGCCCAUGCACCGCCCGCCAUUGCUGGCUACGUCCACUACGGGACCGAGUUAUGGAUCACCGAAACGGGAAUCAAAAAAUGCUCCAGAAAGAUGUAUGAAGAUCCCACGUGUGCAAAUUCAGUCGCUGAGGCGGCAAAUCUUCCCUACCAUUUAAAAUAUUGGGAUGUCGCUUUCUUGUCAUGCGCACUGAAAAACCCUUUGUGGACAGUGCAACAGUUUGUCAUGCCAUUGUCAAUUCUGAAAAAUAAUAAAUAGAAACUCUUAGAUUUUGUUUAGCACGACUUAAAUUUGGGCCAAAUUUUUUGUUGGAUACAGGUAAAUACAUAGAAUAACACAAAUGUAGCAUACAUUGUUAACAAGAUUAAUCUGUAUAUAUGUUCCUGGGGGCCGUCCAUAAAUUACGUAAGGCGAAAGGGAGGGGGGGGGUGAAAGGAUCUAAUGAUUUCGUGCCUAUGUACCUACAUAUAUGUUACACGUGUUAAAGGGGGGAUGGAGGAUCUAAAAAAAUCGUCAUUUUUGCAUUACGUAAUUUAUGGCGACCCCUUAGGCAACUCGUAUUAAUCAUUUCUGCCCGGAUUACAUACAUAUUUAUGACUCUUCUGAAAUCUGUAAUGUCUAGGGUUACAGUGUAUUUAGUAAUGUGGUACUGUAAACUAUUUAGAGUAUAAGUAAUUAAGAUUUUAAAAAUUCGAAAUGUAAUUAUGUAAUAAUUGUCUCCUCGUAUGACACAUUGUGUUAAUUAAAUUCGAAGCAUCUAAAAAACA